AACGAUCGAGCAAUGCCGCAAUAGGACCUCACGAGUCACAAACGUACAACAGCAUACCUACAUUACCUACCCACCAACGACCGCGAUCACGUCGGAAUCCUGCUGUUAUGUCACUGGCUACCCCGAGUGCACGAGAGGGCGUGCGACCAGUGUCAUUUCUGCCCACUAUCAAAUGCUCGACAUGUCACGACGAAAUCGAAAUAGCGGCCAUGGGCGGCCACGUCUGCGCUGGAAAGAGUGCCGAAGCGCCUCCUCCUCCUCCUCCCAAGAGUCGAAUACCGAACUUGUCCAGUGCAGUCGCAUCGCGGCAAUAUUCUGCGAGUGAACAGCCGCUUCCUGCUCUACCGCAACGAAAUGAAGAGCAGGCUCAGACACAAAGGAGGGAUCCGGUGCUCAACAAGAAGCCCUCUCGGAUAGCACUACCAAAGAUCAACGCGAGUGCUGCGAAUCAGUCAUAUCUGAGCCCACAGCAACGAAGGCUGGACGCACCCUUGACUCCAGAAACGAGCGGCGAACGACCAAGCUUCCAACGCAGCCAGACGAGCCCCAUGCCGCGACUAUUCGAUCGAAGACCACCCAGUCCAGAGCUAUCUGCAAAUCUUGACUGCGCGUUUCCUCCGUUCCCCGCGUCGGGCAGCAGCACACCCUUGAGACCGCCAUCGAGUCAGGGCAGGAGGACGCCCGGGAGCGAUCGUGAUCAUCCGAGGAAGAAUGGAGGAGAGAGCGUGCUACAGAAGCUCAAUACAUUAAAGAGUGGCCCAUUCACAGCAAGACGGCAAGACAGUGCAGAGUCCAAAGACGGGGCCGCAUACUCGACUGGCAGACGACCGAGCGCCCCCGAACUCCUAGGAAAGCAGUCUUCACCUGCUUCGCGGAACUCACCUCUCCAUCGGCCUACCACCCCUGGAGCAGGUAAAAGCCAAGCUGAUGUGAGCCGGAUACCGAAGAAAGUCGCGCCCCCUCGACCCACUAGAAACGCAAGUGAGGAUCUGUUUUCACCAGCAUUCCUCGAACAAUUCAGUGCCGAGCCCGCCGAACUGGAACAAGCUCCGGCGUCGGGAUCGGCUGUUCACGGCAGCACUUGCACCACAUCGGAAGUCGGUGCGCAGGCAACGUCGGAAUCACACAUGAUGGCGAGGCAGCGAAGUGAGCCAGGGUUGCGCAGUUUGCUACGCAGACCUUCAUUGGCAAACGUCCCCUCCGCAGCAUUGCCCCUUCCGCCGCGAAGUCAGAGCCGCAAUGGAGCGCGCGUGGACCAUCGGAUGCAGGAUGCACCACCAGUCCCGAAGCCAGUAUUGCAACACAGGCAGCAGCAAUCAAGCCUGCACACACCAUCAGAGUCGGGGUCUACCGUCUCCACUGCUCAAUCUUCAAAUUACAGCGACACCACAUAUAGCACGCGACCCAGUCCCGUGGGCAGCGUGGAAGCGUUGUCUGUCCUGCUGAAUGGGUUGGAGGAAGAAGAAAAACUGCGUCCAGCAGGACUGAAUGUGCGGAAUCAGCAGAAACCAGGCGAGCGGGCAGAGCUUCCCAGAGAAGCCUCACCACCUCGAUAUAACACUCGCCCGGCGGCUGCUCGUGCGAUGACCUCAGCGAAGGACCGGGAGGACCUCUUCGCGCUUGAAUCGCCAAUGGAUCCUGCCCUGCUGCCGCGACUAGCGAUUGCCGCCAAUGAGCCUUGGAUAGCGCUACCAGAGGUGUUGCCACUAAAUACCAGUCCGGAAAGGAAGAAGACCCCUGUGGAUGGCUCGAGGCUGGACAGGACGCUGAACCCACCAGCCCUGUCGUUAUCAAAAGAGCCGCCAAAGGUUGACCAGCAUGACUCACCGGGUAAAGACAGUGCAUAUCAUUCAUCGACCAGCGUCAGUUCACCUACGCUGAGCAGUGCACGUGCGCCGUCGCCCAGCGCACUGCCCGCGCCGCCUGUGCCCGCGCAGCCUCAGCCUAAAAGACAUCAUAUGCGGCGGCCGACAAACGGAAACAAAGCCACAUGUCGAGGUUGCGGCUUGAUGAUUGAGGGUAAAUCGGUCAAGGCGGCAGAUGGACGUCUCACAGGCCGAUGGCAUAAAGCAUGCUUUGUCUGCCGCUCGUGCCAGGCGCCAUUCUUGACCGCUGAUUUCUAUGUCAUCAACAAUCAGCCAUACUGUGAGCACCACUAUCACGAACAGAAUGGUUCCCUGUGCCAUGGGUGCCACCGCGGCAUCGAAGGCCAGUACUUGGAAACGACGAGCUCCACCACGCAAGGCAUUAUCGAGAAGAAAUACCACCCGCGAUGCUUCACGUGCUCCCAGUGUCGCAUGACGUUGACCGACGACUACUUUGAAAUCAGCAACCGGAUCUAUUGCGAGCGUCACGCAUUGGCUGCCAUGAGAGUGCAAGCGCAUGCGGCAGGUAUCCAAGGGAUAUAUCCGACGGACCAGAGAAGCAUCAUGGCGGAACGAAGAACCACGAGGCUGAUCAACCCGAUCAUGGCAUGAGUCUCUUUUUCCGACAGGUGAUGAGGCUCACGUCCCGUCACCGCCGGGAGAGGCGACAUUUCUUUCUUCUCACGACCUCUACGGCCCAUCCAACUCCACAUAAUUUAGCACGACAAAGUCUUGUAUAUCGGGACGUGCUUGGGAAAAACCACACUCUGUGAUUUUUUUUUUUCCCUCUCCAAUUGAGACACUACAAAGACCAAUGAGCGCUGGUUGGCAACAAGUCUACUGAAGACUUUUUUUCUCUGUUUUUUUGGACUGGCGAAAAAAUGAUGGGUGACUAUUUUGGAAGUCCUCCUUCACUUGUUUUGUUGUUCAUGAUACCCCCCAUUUAAGUACGCUUGAAAGACCAUUGUACGCUGUAUGCUACUGUAGUUGUACCUACGCACGCUGUAAGCUAGAGAGAUGUAGCAGAGGAAAGAAGAAGGAGAAGAAGAAGAAAAAAAAUGGCGAGGCGAGGCGAAGCCGAUACGGUGGUGAUGUAAAUAAUUUCCAAAAGGGAAAACCUUUUGAACGAAUGAAA